AUGGUCCUCCAGCAAAAGACGUCGUCGUCGAGACAUGCGACGUCUUGUCCUUCAGCCGCCGCGCCGUCCGUCAUGGCCGGGUUCGUGCGCGUCGAGAUGGACGGCGAGAAGCAGCGCAAGCGCUCGCUCUCGGCCUCGUCGCCGUGCUCCGUCGCCACGUCCGAAGGCCGCGCGAGCGCCAACCCCAAGGUGUUUUCGCGCUGGCUCUACGGCGUGCUGCGCGGCGACACGCUGGUGCUGUACUGGCGACGCACCGACUACAAGCGCAAGACGCCGCCGUUGGACACGCUCCAGCUGCAGAUGCAAGCGGCGGCGGCCAACGAGAGUGUCUUUGGCUUUGACCACGAGUGUCUCUACGUGCGCGUGAAAGCGUCGGGCCGAGUCGUUGCGCUGCGCAUCCACGAGCGCAAAGAGAUUGUGCGGUGGGUGACGGCGCUCUAUUACCAGAGUAUUGAUAGUCGUGACGUCCAGGAGGACGGAAGGACAGAAGAGGCACGAAAGUGGUCGCAGCAACAUGCACGACACACGGUUGUUUCGACGCGUCGGAAGCGCGUGUCGUUCCAGGAGGAGCCAAAGGUGCAUGUGUUGCCCCAAGAGGUUUACGACCCUGCGGAUUUGUUUUAUUCGGAGAAUGACUACGAGCAGUUUCUGCUCGAGAGACCGUCGCAACUCUCGAGUCUUAUGAGUACUAUUUAUGCCAAGACAGCGGCCAAGCUGCGGGUCUCGAGGAAGCGAUGA